UGGAUGAGGAACGGAUGAAGACGUUCUGGGAUCUCCGCUUCCUUCAUUCCCCGCCCCGUCUCGUCCCACGCUCCCCCGUCGUCCACGUCCGCUUCUCGGUGCAACAUGUGCCGUGGUGAAAAUCGCUUCCGAUCCCCUCGAUGACCCGACGAGGUGAAGGUUCGAGAUGAGGUUGAAGGCGUUGAUCCUCGCGAUGCUGUCGCUCUCGUGUUGGGGAUGGAGAGGAGAGAAGAUCCGAAUCGGAGCCGGACUCAUCGUCCCUCAUUCCACGUUCCGAAUGAGAGAUUACAUGAAGGCGAAGCAGACAGCGGUGCGAGAACUCGCGAAGGAGGGAGCCUCUUUCCUUACCUCAUUCCGUCUGUCGGCCGAGGACAUCCAUUUGACCAUGCUGCCUCUUCAUCCGAGCCCCACGCUGAUCCUGAGCACACUAUGUCAGGACUUCUUACCUCGGAACGUGUCGGUGAUCUUCUACCUGACGAACACGGAGGUCUACGGACGGAACACGGCUUCGGCUCAGUAUUUCCUCCAGCUUUCCUCUUAUCUCGGCAUCCCCGUCAUCGCGUGGAAUGCUGACAAUUCCGGACUCGAACGGAGGGUGGUUCGGUCGAACCUGCUUCUCCAGUUGGCACCGACCAUGGAGCAUCAAACCAGGGCCAUGCUCGACGUCCUCCACCGAUACAAUUGGGAUCGAUUCUCGGUGAUCACGACCCACAUCGCGGGACAUGCGGAUUUCAUCCAGGCCAUCCGGGAGAGAGUCCUCAUCACCUACCCCAAGAUGAAGAUCCUCGGGGAGAUUCGAGUGGGUGAGGACGUGGAGAAGGAUCUGAUCAUGGUGCCCGUCGAGACUCGGAUACUCCUGCUAUAUUGCACCCGACGGGAAGCGGGGAGAAUCUUAGAAGCGGCGUCCGGGUUGGGUCUGACGGGGAGGUCCUACUUGUGGAUCGUGACUCAGAGCGUGGUGGGGAACACUCUGGGGGCAAUCACUGGGCUCGUCCCAGGUAUGAUCGCCAUCCACUUCGACACCACGGAUGCGAGUCUCGGUCGAGCCAUCGUUCAGAGCCUUCAAGUGUUCGCGAAGGGUUUGGAUCUCUUGGCCGGCAGCACCGAUCCUUCGUGGGUCGUUCCUCAUCUCAGCUGCGAGGCUCAAGAUCACAUCUCCUGGCCGUAUGGAACCCACUUCUACAGGCACUUGAGGAACGCAUCCCUGGCCCAGAUGGAAGGAAUGCCAAACCUAGAAUUCGACGCGGAAGGGAAAAUGAAGGCCACCGAGCUUCGCAUCAUGAACCUAAGACCUGACCUGACCGGAUCUCUCACCUGGGAAGAGGUCGCUUCCAUCUUCAUUCCCACCGUCUCCUUAUGGGUUUUCUCUACUCGAUCAUUUGGAGGUGUGAAAAUCCGACAGAUUGGAGUGUGGCGGUCGUGGAAGGGGGAGGAUGCCCUCGAUAUAAAGGACAUCGUUUGGCCGGGGAAUUCCCACGUCCCACCCGAGGGUGUUCCCGAGAAAUUCCACCUUCGGAUCACCUUCAUGGAGGAACCUCCUUACUUGAACAUGGGGGAACCCGACCCGAAGACGGAGAAAUGCAGCGCGAAUCGAGGCGUCCUCUGUCGGGCUCCCGCACAUCUCUCCCCAUCCUCCCGCAACGACACCACGAUUCAUUACUGCUGUUCGGGGUUCUGCAUCGAUCUGCUGGAGAAGUUCGCCGCGGACUUGGGUUUCACUUACGACCUGUUCCGCGUGAAGGAUGGGGUGUGGGGUGCCCCCGUCGCAGGGAAAUGGAACGGGUUGGUGGCAGCCCUGGUGAACGACGAAGCGGACGUAGUCAUCACGUCCUUGAAGAUCAAUUCGGAACGGGCGAAGGCCAUCGAUUUCUCCGUUCCUUUCCUCGACACCGGGAUCGCCAUCGUCGUCGCCAAGAGGACGGGAAUCAUCUCUCCCACCGCCUUCCUCGAGCCGUUCGACACCCUAUCGUGGACUCUGGUGGCCCUGAUCGCAAUUCAGGUCGUGGCCGUGGCCAUCUUCAUCUUCGAAUGGCUCUCCCCUGCCGGAUACGACAGAAAAACGUCGCCACCGGUCGGACAGCAGUUUUCCCUGUUGAGGGUGUAUUGGCUCGUGUGGGCCGUCCUCUUUCAAGCCGCCGUCAACGUGGACUGCCCCAGAGGUCUCACUUCCAGGUCCAUCCAAUUUCAUUUCCCUCGUCUCUUCCGAAGGCCGUUCCUGGCAUCGGUGUGGGCCAUGUUUGCCGUCGUCUUUCUGGCCAUCUACACAGCCAACUUGGCUGCGUUCAUGAUCACGCGAGAAGAAUUCCCCGACCUGACAGGGAUCGAGGAUCCUCGGCUGAGGAACCCCCGAAGCACGAAUCCGCCGUUUCGAUUCGGGACGAUUCCUCACGGGAACACGGACACGGUGAUGAAGCAGAAUUUCCCUCGCAUGCAUGCCUACAUGAGUCAAUUCUCCCGCCCUUCCGUCCACGAAGGAGUUCGAUCCGUGAAACAACAGGAGCUGGAUGCUUUCAUCUACGACGCCACGGUGUUGGAGUAUCUGGUGGGGCAGGACGACGGAUGCAAGCUCCUCACGGUUGGAACGUGGUACGCCAUGACUGGAUAUGGAGUCGGCUUCCCCAAAAACUCCAAAUACCUCCACUUGUUCAACCACAAGCUCAUGGAGUAUCGAGAAAACGGUGACCUGGAGAGGAUGAGGGAAUUCUGGUUCACGGGGGCAUGCAAGCCGAAGAAGACGGGGACAUCCGCUUCCAAGCCUCUCACCAUCAACCAAUUCUUGAGCGCUUUUUUGCUCUUGGCCAUGGGCAUGGUCUUGGCCAUGCUCUUCCUUGCCUGCGAGCAUCUUUACUUCAAAUACAUCCGGGGACCCUUAAGCAAGAGCUCCAUUCGUCCUUGCUGCAACCUCCUCAGUACGAGCGUGGGUCAGAGCCUUCGGAUGGAGGACGUAGUGGAGGAGGUAAUGACCGUCGAGAAGAGCGGCAGAGAGUGUCAGAGUGGGUGGUGUAAACAGAGACUCCUGUCGACCGAGAAGGAAUUGGCACUGACGAAAGCAAGGGUGAAACAAUUGGAGGACGAGAUGCGAUUUCGUGGGAUUCGACCUGAUUCCCCUCCUCCUCUCGGCAGACGCAGACGCCGCAACACCAGGAGCGGAAGCGAAUGGGAGACAGACACGGAGAACGAAGACUCAGUGCAGAAUCACGUGUCCUCGUUCCUCUGGUCCCGAGAUCCCCGUCCACGGAAGGGGACAAAAGAGGUGGCCGAGUACGAGACCGUGCUCUGAUUCACGUCUUCUUUCCAUUUUCCCCAAUUAUGAGUCCAAUUUUCAUUCAAACGGAAAUCUAUUUAUUAGUUUCGCCAUAGAGUGGAGACUGAAGAAAAUUAGUCUCUAUGACACGGAUGAGGCGUCUUGCGUAGAAGUCCUGGUAAUCCUUGGGAAGGGAUUUCAGAUGUCUCAGUGCCUUCUCUACACCAUGCAUUGCCUAGAAAAACAAGCAGAAUAGACACAUCAAGAACCAAACUUUACUCGAAACGAUAGUUUGCUGUCAUCUACCUGUACGGCAGGUAAGAGGUCCUUGUUGCCGUAAACAUCUUUCUUGUCGUAGAGGGAUUCUUGCAAAUGUCGCCAAAAGACAUUGAUGGAGACUGUAAAGGAGGCAGACCUUACGCUAUGAAACCAAAGCGCAGGAAUAAACAAUCCAUCCCCUGGUCUCAGAACGGCUUCGAAUCUCGUGGCUUUCGCAAGCGCUGGAAAUUUCCCCAGAUCGGGUUCCUCCACGCUCGAUACGAGGGAUUUGUCUCCUUGGAGGUAGAGGUUCAGGGCAUCCGAUGGUGAGAACAAGGUCACCGUCUUCUCUCCUCUCACCUGGAUCAGCACGUUGUCCAUCACGUCGUAGUGCGUCCAGAGGGAUAGAUUUGCCGAUGCAAUUCGCAACACGCUGGAAAAGAUACGAUCUCGAGGAAGGAAGUCUGGCAAGUGAAAAUCACUGGCCAAAGUGGGGAAAUCGCGGGAAAACUCAGCAGGGCUCUUGGUCUUCUCUUCUGAUGCCAAGGAUCGGAGGUGAAAUUCUUGGAGAGGAAGUCCAAGUCUGGACCUUGAGAGACGUGAGCAACCACGGGGAGGCCGGAAUCAUGCAUGGACAAGUACUCGGGGGUCCAAGUCUUCACGCAUGGUCCUAAGUCCAGGCCGGAGACAAUCACUGGUUCUCGCUUCUCUGUUAUGUCCAAAAAAUCAAUCUGUCCAGCUAAAACUCUAUGGACAUCCAACUUCAUUUUUUGGCCUCCUGAUAAUAAAUAGGAAGUACAAGGAAGCUGAUUAAUCAAGAUAUAGAAA